UCCAGCAUCAGCAGCAUGCGUUGGGCCACCAUCCUGAUCAUCGCUGGGCUCUGUGGAGCCUCCCUGGGCCAGUACAAUGAAGAAGAAGACAUGGCUUGGUUACAGUACUACAUGCGGCAGUCCCGUAUGUCCUCCUAUAACUACAUGCCCUACUACGAGGAUGAGAACACCCCGUACGUGUAUUCUUACCUCCCAGCUCCAGACAUGGAGGCAGAGCCUGGCCCUGAACCUCAGCAAGCCCCUUCCUGGCAAUGUCCCCAGGAGUGCGAUUGCCCCCCUAACUUCUCGUCAGCCAUGUACUGUGACACCCGAAACCUGAGGUACCUGCCCUUCGUGCCUUCCCGGAUGAAAUACGUGUACUUCCAGAACAACCAGAUCACCGCCAUCCAAGAAGGGGCUUUUGACAACGCCACAGAGCUGGAAUGGCUCGCACUGCACAACAACCAGAUCACCAGUGAGAAGAUGGGCAAGAGGGUCUUUGCCAAGCUCAAAAACCUGGAGAGAUUGUACAUGAACAACAACAACCUAACCAAGAUGCCCAGCCCCUUGCCCCUGUCCCUGAGAGAGCUCCACUUGUCUUACAAUCAGAUCUCCAAGGUCCCCUCCAAUGCUCUAGAGGGUCUGGAGAACCUCACAGCCCUGUACCUCAGCCACAAUUACAUUUUUGAGAUGGGAGCAUCCCUCAAAGGGCUCAAGUCCUUAAUCCUGGCUGAUCUGAGCUACAACCACCUCAGGAAAGUCCCUGAUGGGCUCCCAAUGGCUUUGGAACAGCUCUACCUAGAGUACAACUACAUCAACACCAUCCCUGAUGACUAUUUCAAGGUCUCUCCCAAGCUGCUCUAUGUACGGAUGUCCCACAACAGCCUGACAAAUCAAGGUCUCUCUACCAACACUUUCAACAGCAGCAGCAUCCUCGAGCUGGACCUCUCUUACAACAGGCUCCAGAAGAUCCCCCGGGUCAACACCAACCUUGAGAACCUCUAUCUUCAAGGGAACCAAAUCAACGGUGAGCAGAAACGCAUCAACCAAAGCACGCUGGUGCAGGGGAUGGUGGUGCAACAGAGGGAUGGGGAGAUGGGGAUGCAGAACCUGUGCCCCUCUGUGGGAGACCACCUGGGGUAA